AUGGUUUCCAAGAGUCUGAUCACCGCACUCAUUGCCGCUCCCCUUGUGUUGGCGGGACCUAUCGUUCGGGAUGGUCUUGAUACAACACCGAGCCAAGUAACCCCCCAAUACGGCGAGUACAACAGCCUGGCGGAUCACUCGGCGUCUGCUGCUCGAGCAUUGGCCCGGAUCGCCGAUUUCGAUGUCAAGCGAAGUGCUGAGAAGCUUGCUGAGGAGGGGCGCCAAAAGGGGAAGAAGACUGAUGGCAAGAAGCACGACGGGGGCGGCCACAAAAAGGAAGACAAGAAGAAGGCCGGCGCCAGAGCGGAAGAAAAGCACGACGAUUCCAAGAAAAAAGAUGGAGAGGAUAAAAACAAGCAAGGGGAGGAGAAGAAAGGCGACGGUAGCGCCGAUCACAAGACUACCGACACAGGCAAGGAUGGCCAGCACGGAAACGACAAGCAUAGUCAUGCUGAGUAA